AUGAUCCGCCACGUGCCCAGAGAAAGGAACACACGGGCAGAUCUCCUAUCAAAACUGGCCAGCACCAAACCGGGAGAAGGUAACCGAUCUCUCAUCCAAGGUAUGAUGAGGGAGCCGGCGGUCACUCUGCACCUAUCAAGGCUAGGACCCUCAUGGAUGGACCCCAACACCAGCUUCUUAGAAAACGGCAAACUUCCCGACGACGAAAAGGAUGCCACGAAACUGAGAAGGGAAGCGGCCAAGUACGUGAUCAUCCAGGGACAACUAUUCAAGAAAGGACUCAACCAGCCCCUACUGAAAUGCUUACACCCCGACCAGACAAACUACGUCCUCAGGAAAGUCCAUGAAGAUUGCUGCGGACAUCACAUUGGGGGCAAAGCCUUAACAAGAAAGUUAAUCCGAGCUGGGUACUAUUGGCCAUCAAUGAUGGCAGACUCUAAAGAAUUCGUCAGAAAAUGCGCCAAGUGUCAUGAAAACGCCAGUUUCCACAGGGCACCGGCCUCCGAGCUAAGCCUGUUAACGUCUUCCCGACCAUUCUCACAAUGGGGAGUCGAUCUCUUGGGGCCCUUUCCAAUUGGUCCUGGACAAGUCAAAGGCCGAGCCGCUGGCCAGCAUAUCCUCAUCCAAUUGCAGGAAAUUCAUGUGGAGGCAGGUGAUAACACGGUUCGGGAUCCCGGAGAUCGUUAUCUCGGACAACGGCACACAGUUUACCGACAAGAAGUUCACAGAGUUCCUCACCGGCCUGGGUAUAAGACAGAAGUUCUCCUCGGUAGAGCACCUCCAAACAAACGGACAGGUGGAGUCCGCGAACAAGAUUAUCCUUCUUCCACCAAGGAUACCCCUUUCCGACUAACAUAUGGGUUAGAUGCGGUAAUACCCGUGGAAAUCGGGGAACCGAGCCCGCGACUACUUUUGAAAGGAGUGGGGAAAACCGUGGAGAAGGACCUGAUAGAUGAAGCCAGAGAAAUGGCCCACUUGACGGAAACAGCGCUGAAGCAAAGAAUGGCCCUACGCUACAACACCAAAGUGCUCAAAAGAGAGUUUGAACCGAACGAUCUCGUCCUAAGGCGUAACGACAUCGGCUUACCGACCCCGGGAGUAGGCAAGCUGGCGGCAAACUGGGAAGGUCCCUAUAGAAUCAAAGAAGUGAUGGGUAAAGGCACUUUCAAGUUAGAAAGGCUCGAUGGCAAAGAAGUCCCAAGAACGUGGAACGCGAACAACUUGAGAAGAUUCUACUCCUAG